GGCAGAAUGCCAAGGCCAGACCACCUUGUGGAUCACCUGGAGGUGGUGACCCUGCCACCCAGUCACUCAAAGGUACUUCCUGUGAAGAAGUAUGCAGAGCAGUUUCAUCUUCCUGUCCACAUCUGGCCAGAUGUAGGUGCCUGUGAGAAUUUUGACGUUGGCGUGGUGGCAUCAUUUGGACGUCUGCUUAGUGAGGACCUCAUCCUAAAGUUCCCCUACGGCAUGCUGAAUGUCCACCCCAGCUAUCUUCCGCGGUGGCGUGGCCCUGCGCCAAUUGUCCACACCGUGCUUCAUGGAGAUACAGUAACCGGGGUCACAGUUAUGCAGAUCAGACCUAAGAGGUUUGAUGUGGGUCCAAUUAUAAAACAAGAAGAAUUUGCGGUUCCACCCCGUUGCUCAGCAAAAGAACUGGAGCCAUUGUUAUCCAAGGAAGGUGCGAACAUGCUGAUUGCUGUUUUGCAAAACUUACCUGAAAGUUUAACCAAGAAGAAAGAACAACCCAAAGAAGGAGUAACAAACG